AUGGGCUUCAGCACAACUUUCGAGCCCGACGUCUACCCUGAGCUCUGGACGAUGGACGACACGGCACGGGAUGCAAAUGCGGAAGCGGGAGCGGGAUGCAAGCAAGACGUCCAGUUCCAGAUUGACGAGGCGACUUUGAUGCGACCUCAACAUGCCGCAAUCCAGAGGAUUGGUUGCUAA